GAAUCAAAAUCGACAAGUACUGCUUACAGAAGCUGAAAGAAGGGACUAUAAAGUAGAGUAGCAGGGGAUCAGAGCGAAAAGACCAUAACAACCAAAGAAGCAGGGAGGUAAUGUGGGACUGGGGGAGUUUGAGAGAUAGGGUGAUAUGGGUAAGUAGGCCUUGAGCCCUGUGUCUCUGUAAGGAUAUUAUCUUCUUUAAAAUGAGAUGCUGAUCUUUGGAGGUUUAUUGCUGGAAUGCUAGGUGAAAUAACUGACAGGGAGUAUUGAUUUUUGCCUCCUUGGUUUUUAUCUUGAUCUUCCUCUGGAAGAUAGCUGCCUCUGAUGAUAACUUCUAUCUCUACUGUGUUGACCUCUGGAGAGCCAAUUCUUCUUUAAAAAUCUUGGCCCAUUUCUGACAGCCCUUUCCUUUGUGGUUCCCCCUAAUACAGCUGAAAUAGGCUUGGUUCUUUUCAAAAAGACAUUAUUAAAUAUUAAAGAAUAAUCAAGAAAUAAAAUACAAGAAGUCCUGCCAGAUUCACUUAACAUCUCUGAUAUCACUGUCCCUAGUGAAGCCACUCUCACACCUCAAAUGCCCUUUUUAUACUGCUGACCAAGAUAUCUUAUUAAAAUCCCAGUUUAGGUAUACAACUUACCACUUCUCUGCUUAACUCUUUCAUGGCUUCUCAUUUGUACAUGGAACACAUAGUUGACUUUCUUUUGGUAUUUCCUGAAAUUAGAAAGGUUUUAUGGAGAAAUAUAUAUUUACAGUGAUUAUUUUAUUUAUCUGAUUUGAGGAAUUACAGUUAAAAUUGAGAUGAUAACUUGGGAAGGAUGAAGACCUUCCUGUGUAAAAGUAUAAAAGUUACAGCUCUUUCUUAAAGCCUCCCCACAGGAGUUUCAUCAGGGGUCACUGGAUUUCAAACUGUUUCUUGGUUUUUGCUGAGGUAUAUCCAGGCUGCCUCAAGGAGAAAUCCUACUGUGUGGGAAUCAUUAUCCGGGGACCUGAAGGAGACCACAAGAAAACAUGGGGAGGGUUUUUCUUACAGGAGAAAAAGCCAAUUCUGUAUUAAAACGUUACCCAAGAGCUAAUGGACUUUUUGAAGAAAUAAGACAGGGCAACAUAGAGCGUGAGUGUAAAGAAGAAGUCUGCACAUUUGAAGAAGCAAGAGAAGCUUUUGAAAAUAAUGAAAAAACUAAGGAGUUUUGGAGUACCUACACAAAAGCUCAACAAGGAGAGACUAACAGAGGAAGUGAUUGGUUUCAAUUUUACCUUACCUUUCCGUUAAUCUUUGGCCUCUUCAUUAUCCUCCUUGUCAUUUUUCUAAUCUGGAGGUGCUUCCUAAGAAACAAAACUCGCAGACAGACAGUGACUGAAGGCCACAUUCCUUUUCCCCAGCACCUGAAUAUUAUCACUCCACCUCCUCCACCAGAUGAAGUGUUUGACAGCAGUGGAUUGUCUCCAGGCUUUCUGGAAUAUGUCGUUGGGCGCUCAGAUUCUGUCUCCACUCGCCUGUCUAACUGCGAUCCCCCACCAACCUAUGAGGAAGCCACUGGCCAGGUGAACCUGCAGAGGAGUGAAACAGAACCUCAUUCAGACCCACCCCCGGAAUAUGAGGACAUAGUCAACUCCAACUCGGCCAGUGCCAUUGCUAUGGUGCCUGUGGUCACCACCGUCAAAUGAAGCCGCAGACUUCUUUUUUACUCUAAUCAUUUUUAAAAUACUAAUGAAAGAACUUUCUAGCACUUUACCACUACAUAAAUGUGCAUUGACUUGUUUUAUUGGACUCUUACAGCAUACCACUUCACACUUUCUGGUUUGAUUUUCUGUAGUUUGGUUUCUUAUUAUAAAAUCAUUAUCCGUGCUCAGUUUUGCUUGAGAGAAUAUGUAAAGAGGGAGAAAUAUACUAGUGGGGAUCUUAGUGUGACGUGAUGAGGUGGACAUGUGUCUAUGGAUAUGUGUGGCUAUGCAUAUAUACAUGCGCACGAAUCGACAUAGUGCAUGUGCAACUCUCUUAAAGAUCCAUUAAUUUCUAUUUAAAUCACCCAGAAAGAGAGCACUACUUACCAGAAUUGUAAAAAAAAAAAAAGGGCACCGACGGACAAUUCGUGUACUAGCCAGCAACAUGCUAUAGAAUAUUGCGAACAGGAUGUCCUCAGCAUGUUUUCUAAUUCUGACUGGCUUCUGUUAACCUCCUAUUUCUUCAUCUAACUUAAAAGGGAACAAAAAUGCAUGUAGUCAUUCUUGAUUUUAGAAACAUCUCAGAAAGAAAGAAGCAAAGAGCAAGUGUGUGAGCACACAGUAAGUAAUAACUUGCUUACAUUGUACAGCCAGAAAGGCAUCGGUCAUGAAUGGCAUUUGCCUUGUUUUGUGCUAGGGAUUUUUUUCCUUUUCUGGUUGACCAUCCCCUCACUUUCAAACUUAAACAGUGUGUUCUUAGCAUUUGGAAUGUCGUCGGCUGUAUGUAUUAACAUCAGGAUGGGGAGGAUUGUCUGGCAAUGGAAUAAUUUUAAAGUAGAUACGUGUAUUAAUGCCAGGCAGUAGAUACCAAGUAGUCCUUUGCUCACAGGUGGCAAUAAUUAUUUUCUUCUUGCUGUUUCACCGCCUUUUACUCUACUUAGUCUACUCUGCCUCCUACCAUGACAGAAUCUUCAAGCCCCGAAGAAUUUAGUUAAAUAAAAUUUGUGAAAGCAUUUUCUUAAUAUUUUUCUAUAAGCUGAAGUCUUUGCUUCACAAUUAUUACAAGGCAAUUCUCCAUUACGUUUAUGAACUGUGAUUUUUUUUCAUAUUGCCCUUCAAUUGGUAGAAGAAGAUUGCAAAGUCUCCGUUAUGCUUCCUGCACGCUAAAUCUAGUGAUAGCCCCACAUAGAUCUCAUCAUUGUUGCCGUUUUGUUUUGUAUUUUCAUCCUGAGUUUUUUCAACCUCCGAGUUUUAUUUUUCCUUGGAAACAGAGAGAAUAGGUUGUACGUGAACUACCAGCAUAAACUGGCUGAGAAAGAAAAAAUGAGACAAUUGUGUAUUAUGUAUGCACAGGUGGCAAAUUCAUGAGACCAGACCACGGAAAUGUCUAUGCCAGUCCGAAGCCUCUUCAGCCGAGGAUAAAAUGGUUGAUGAGGCAAAAGGAACGCAGGUUUCAGCUGUGCCACAUUCCCUGCUGCCUCUGUCUCCAUCGGCCACCGACCCCUCCCCCAGUCCUGCCCUGGAACCAAAGGAAAGAGGAACUCUGGGGAAAAUCCUCAAGUGGGAGGAUACAUGCCAAGGUCCCUGGGGGAAAACCCGUAUCUGACCCCUAAACUCCUUCCCUCUAAAGUAGGGAUAAUAUCAUUUUUCCUGUACCUUACCCUGGGAUUUAAUAGAUCAAACGAGAUGGUGCGUGUGCAAGUAAUUUGUAAAAUGUGAAGAGCUGUCUAAGAACAAGGUUGUGGUGGUGGUGGUAUGCUGUAGGGAGAAUUUUCUCCCUGUAUUUCCCUAAAAUUAUCAGAGCUUUCACAUAGUGCAAAAUAGAGCAGAGCAAGCUGCUCCAUCAGUAGCUAAUAUAUUUCAAACCUGAGUGUGUGGGCUGUUAUUAACUGUUAACCCCUGCCAUACUGUGGUCCAUACCAAAGCUGUGCCAACUGAAAGUGACAGUCCACUCAGCACAAACAGUGUUAAGCAAAUGUUGAAAGGGAACAAACGUGUGUGUGUGCUUAGUUCAUAGGUUUUAUAGCUUUCACGGACUAACCGAAGAUUGAUUGUAUCUUGAAGUUGGUCUCACAAAGGACAAGUUACGAAAUUUUGCCGUGAGUACAAGUCAAUCUUUGGCUCUUAGUUAGAGGUGAAGGUGGGAGUAUUUGAUCCAGUAAGUUGUAUGGAAUUUUGUUUUAUUUUAAAAUGAAAAUUAAGGCUCCUUUCGUGUGGGCUUUUUGUCCUUAACGUUAGGCUUUAGAUUAGACCAGCAGUUUUCAAAAUGUGGCCCAUGCACCUCUGGGAUUUCUUGAGACCCUUUGAGGGAGUCUGUGAGAUGGAAAUAUUUUCAUAAUAAUAUACAUAUACUCUUUGUCUUUUCACUCUAAUUCUCUCAAAAAGGAGUUGAAAAUGUAAAAUGAUGCCAUCUUCCCACAAAUAUUUCAUUCUGUUUUUAAAAAUACAGCUAUUUUUCACAAAACUCGUUAGCAUCUGAUGAGUUUAUUACUUUUAAACGAAUUAAUAUGUUUGUAAAUUUUGUUUUAUUUUCUAAUGUGGUAAAUAUUGAUAGCUAUAAACCUCAUAAACAAAAGCUCUUUGGCAUCCAGAUCCCCAAUAAAUCUAAAAAGUAUGAAGCGAUCCGGAAGCCAAAAGUUUGAGCAUUACAGGAUUAGACGAAGGAGCAGGAUACCCUCUUACUAGGUGUUCUUGCUACUUUAUUUUCCCUUUCAAACUCCUGAUCUGGGAUUUAAUGCUGCCCUUUAGAGAUGCUCAAAUUGCAAUAUCAGAAUGCAUGUUGAUCCUUGAACCAAAACCCAAAUGCUUGACCUGAUCAGUGACAACCACAUUUUAGACUGUUGGCCCAAGAAAACACUACUUCAUAAGUAAUAGGUGCAUUAUCCAUAGAUCUCCUGCUGGCUUUCGCGUGAUAAUGACAGAAUAAAAAAAAAAAAAAACACCACCACUUUCUUCAAGAAGCAUUAUCUUGGGUGUGUUUGUUUGGUUUUAAUUUGGUUUGGGUUUUCUAUUGAUUUGUGUUUUUUUUUUUUUUCAGCUUUUGGCCGGGGCCGGAUUUGAACCCGCCACCCCCGGCAUGUGAGGCUGGCGCCCUACUCCUUUGAGCCACAGGCACCGCCCAGGGGUUUUCUAUUUUUAAGAUCCCUUUUGCUACCCCAUCUGGUUUAUAAACUGAGUUUCUCAGCAUUUGUUACAAUUAAGGGGCUUGUCUAGAAUAAUAUAUAUUUUUUAUGCUUUUGCUUUUUGUACCUGGUUGAUAUUACAUUCACCUUUGAUUGUUUUUAAUAAAGGUUUAUUUUUGCAAAACUAUAUUUAGUACCUUUCUUAAGCAGUAACUGAAUUGAAUCCACUAGUCUGCUUUCAAAUAAGAGAAUAGGCUCAAUGGUCUUUGGCAGAAUGGUUUACAAGCCUUCACCUGCAGUAGUAGUAGUUGUGUCUGGAAUACUAGAACUGGCACUUCUCCUCUUCUAACACAAUAAUUUUAUUGUGUAGUGUAAUUAAAAUGAUUUAUUCUUUUCCUAUUGAGCAGUACAAAUAGAGAUGUUGUGUUUGUUUCAUGGCUAAUGAUGACUUCAAGAUCGGUGAUCUAAUCCAGUUUAACUGCGGAGGUCGAUUUAACUUGGUUCUGUGUAAAUAGUAUGUAUUUUAUGAUACUAUUUCACAUUUUUAAAUGCUUGGUUUACAUUAAAUUAUGGUAUUUAACUAUUUUUAUGUUUAUACUAGGUAGGGUCUUUCUUAUGUUUCUGUGUUUUUUGGUAUGCUAAAUAAAGCUAUUUUUAAACCCAAAA